AUGGCGACGCUGCGCACACUGCUGUACGCGUGCCUGGUGCUGCUCAGCGCCGUGCUGCUGGCUCGCCAGUGUUACGAGCUGGUGCUGCUGUACGCCUCCGAGCCGACAGCGUCCAUCAGCAGCCGGACGCCAGCCGACCGGUGGCCGUUGCCGGACUUCACCGUGUGCCCGAGCACGCGGCUGCGCGGCGACGUGCUGCGCGCAUGGGGCAUGCUGGCCGACCACGGCCGCUGGGAGGACUGGUACAGCUUCCCGGCCAACGCCACCCUCGACCAGCUCUGGCAGGAGGCGGCUGUCGAUCUCGAUAAGCUCGUCCCUGAAUGCUUCCACGGCUUCUGCACGCCGCCUGGGAGCCGCGGUGGCGCCACCGAGACUGGAAGCUGGACGAGCUCGGCGCAAAAGCGCGGCACCUGCUACACCUACCGCUCCAACCUCACUAUGAAUGAUGGCGUCUUCAUGACCUUAUUGAUCAUUCACAACGCGCAGCAUGUGCUGGCCGGCAGCGAACCAUUUGUCGACCUGUUCUUGCACGGUGAGCAAGACCCGGUGGUGGAGGCGGAGGAGCGGUUCAUUGUGGCGCACCCAUCUAUCCGGCUGCGCUCCGGCGAGCGGCUCGAGCUGCUCGUCCGCGGCCACAUGGAGGAGGCGAGCAGUCUGCGGCGGCGGCCCUGCGUCGCCGACCGCGGCUACUCGCGCGCCCACUGUAGGCAGCGCUGUGUGCGCCGCCGCCAGGCCAAGCUGAUCGGCUGCCGCGCACCCUGGAUGCCAGGCCCGCAGGAGGAGACGUGCCGCUCGCUCCGCCAAGUGCUGGCCACAGUCGUGCCGCCCGAGGUAACAUUCCCCUACGUGCGUCACACCUGUCACUGCCCGCUGGAGUGCCGCCGCGAGACCUGGACGACCGAAGAGCUUCGUCGGGACACCCUCGAAGCGGCGGUGCAAAACAACUGGUCUUACGUGACGCUGAAGUGGGCCGAGGUCGUGCAUGUCACGACCGAGCAGCUGACGUACGGCUCCAGCUCACUUAUCUCCGACAUCGGCGGCACGGUCGGCAUGCUCUUCGGCUUCUCCGUUCUCAGCCUGGUGCAGAUGCUGGAGGCCUGGCUGAAGAAGCUGAUGCGGAAGGGCACAGCUGGAAAACGGGCUACUGUCAAGCAGAUGUCGGUGUGGAGCACCAGGAAGGCUGUUGCGCCAGAGGCGGAGUCAGAGGUGAAGGGAGCAUGGUCAAAGGGUCCCGGCGUUAAUGUGGAAGAUGCAUUCAAUAAGUAG